AACAUUAUUUAACCGACCAGAGUGUGGAUACAUUGGGCCAAUGGUAACACGAUUUUUACCGCGUUUUCUACCAAUUGUUGCAUUUGAUCAAUUUACUUUCCAUUCGACUAUGAGCACUGCCGCUAAUAUACUACCGUCGCCACCUAAACGCGCCACGCCCCCAACAAUUGGUACCCACAACGGCACCUUUCAUUGUGACGAGGUAGUUGCAUGUUUUAUGCUCAAGCAAUUGCCGGAAUAUGAGAAUGCCGAAAUAUUCCGUAGUCGGGAUGAUAGCGCACUGCGUUCUAAAUGUGAUAUAAUUGUAGAUGUGGGUGGUGUCUUCGAUCACGAAAAAAAAUGGUACGACCAUCAUCAGCUAACGUUUAAGGACACCUUUAGCACGAUACACCCCAACAUCUGUGACGAUUUCAACAUUAGACUGAGCAGCGCGGGUUUGAUUUACUGCUUCUAUGGGGAGCGUGUGAUACAAAGUAUUUUGCAACGCGAACGAAAUGUGCAACUAUCUGAAUCCAAUCUGAAAUUGGCCUUCUCGCAAAUAUACCGCAAUUUUAUAAACGAACUUGAUGCCAUUGACAAUGGCGUACCUAUGUUCGAAGGUGGUGAGCCACGCUACAAGAUAUCUACGCAUCUUUCGGCACGCAUUGGCAAGCUGAAUCCCUCGUGGCAGGACACAAAAACGGAUUCUGACGAACGAUUUCACAUGGCCAUGUCAGUAGCGGGCAAGGAGUUUGUCGAGAACGUGCUGGAAGUGGCCUGUUCGUGGAUAGCAGCCCGUGAUCACGUACGGUUGGCCUUGGAACAAGCCAAAUCGGUGCAUGAAAGCAGGCAAAUUCUUCUGCUGAACACCUUCUGUCCGUGGAAGGCACACUUAGACAUUUUGGAAAAGGAAUAUGAUGUUGAGGGUGUGGCCAAACUGAUAAUUUUCAAUGAGGGCAACAGCUGGCGUGUUGCUGGGGUGCCCGUCACACCCAGCAGUUUCCUUGGACGUAAAUUUCUGCCCACACCUUGGCGUGGACUGCGCGAUGAGGAGCUGUGCCAAAUGGCUGGCAUUGAAGAUCUCAUAUUUGUGCACCACACAGGCUUCAUUGGCGGUGCAAAGACAAAGGAAGCAGCGCUGGCUAUGGCACUAAAGAGUAUAGAAUUUGUCGAAGAAUAAUUCCUUUAAAAAAAAU